AUGAAGACCGCUUUUCGUCGUCUAGUUCGCUUCAAGACCUCCAACGGGGAUAUCAGAUAUGGAGAGGCACAGGAGCAAGUCAAGAUCGGCGACAAGGUCAAACUUUACACGGGCACCGAGCCCUGGAACUUGAACCCGUCAGAUGACGAGGCUGUGAUCGCCGAGAUUCUCUGUCCCCUUGCGUCCACGCCCAUCUUCUAUGGCAUUGGGCUGAACUAUAAAGGGCAUAUUGCUGAAGCCAGCUUGGAUGUUCCGGCAUUCCCAACUGUUUUCACCAAGCCGUCUGGCGCUCUAGCCGGGCCAUAUGGUGAUAUACACGUCGACCCGGCGUGUCAGUUUCUCGAUUAUGAAGGGGAACUCGCCUUCGUUGUCGGCAAGGACGUGAAAAACUACAACGCCAAGGACGAUUUCGAGGAGUUCUUGCUCGGCUACACCGUUAGCAACGACGUCUCCUCGCGGUACUGGCAAUUUCCCGAGCGAUCUGGCGGCCAGCACGGGUACGCAAAGUCAUUCGACCAGUUUGGACCUAUUGGGCCGGUGAUUGUCUCGACAUCCGAGAUCCCAGGGAUCCCUCAUCUCGAUCUGAAGACGACGGUCAACGGCGAAGAACGCCAGAAUUCCAACACCAAUGACCUCCUAUUCACUAUCCCGCAGAUUCUCGAUCACCUGAGCCGUGGGACUACGCUGAAGAAGGGAACGGUGGUGAUGACGGGGACUCCGAGUGGAGUAGCAGCUUUCAUGAAACCACCCAAGUGGCUUAAGACCGGAGAUGUGGUCGAAGUCGAAAUCAGCCAGAUCGGAAAGAUCAAGAAUAAGAUGGUUAUCGAAUGA